UAAAGCCGUGGAAAAUUUUGGGUGAGACACAAGAAAUGAUUUGCUUACGCUUUCCUUAUGUUGUGGACGGACCCAUGUCAACAUUUCUAUACUUUUUACAGUACAGGUGCUCCCGGACUGUCAGUCACAAGUUACUUGAUAACGGGGAAUGAAGGAGGAUCAGUCAGUUUCCAGUGUUACUAUGAUCGGUACUACGACACUAAUGUGAAAUACUGGUGCAGAGGGUACGUGUGGAGCUCCUGUAAGGAGAUUCAAAGAUCUAGUGAGAAGCACAGGGAUGAAAAUAAAGUAUCAAUCAGUGAUGAUCGAACCCAGGGAAUAUUCACUGUGACUGUGAGGAGACUGGAGAAGAAGGAUGCAGACUGGUACUGGUGUGGUAUUGAGAGAGUAGGGACUGAUGAAGGAAUCCUGCUGAACCUCCAAGUUGCUGAUGCGACAUCCACAACAACAACCUGUCAACCAACCACUGAGCAAACUUCAACAAGCGACCCAACCAGCACAGAAGCUCAGCAGCCUGAAUCAACCUCUCCCCCUGCUGACACAAGUGAUAACAACCAAGGCUCACAAAAGAAAGAAGGCCCUGAAAGGAUGGGGACAAUUUUCACUUUGCAGUUGGUUGACAGCUCUGAUUGUGACAAGUGGAAUUCUUCUGCUCCUCCUGAUCCCUAUUGUCAUUUACACAAGAAAGAUCAAUAAGAAGAAAUCGCUGCCCUCUGACUCUGAGGAUGGUGUUACAUACGCCUCCUUGACAUUGUAGGAGAGGAGUCCAUGCCAGGGAGACCCUGCCUCACUGAUCCACAAUUCUCUUGUCUAACCGCAUUCCAUUGUUAUUUCUAAUUUAGGGAGUUAUUUUGAACAGAUCUGGGGGUGUCAGUGGAGUUUUUGAGGGUACCCUGUGUAUAAAAAAAGUUUUAAAUGUUUGUUAAAAAUAAAACGAGAAAUGUUUUUUCAUGGAGAAAACAUAACGGUAUAAAUAAGCUCUGUUGUUGCUCACAUUUAAUUGUAUAUAAUUAUAACAGAGGUGUGCAGAUACUCUGAUUUUGAGUUGUCCCUGUGGGAGGGCAGCGUUGUGGUGCAGCUUUUAAGGAGGUUGCUACCUGCAUUCAGGCCAUGAAAUAACAGGAGCAUUCUCCUCUCCUUGCCCU